CAAGUGAAAAUGGAAAGUAAAGAUUCAAAACUAAUAAAGAAAACGGGCAGGAAAACCCCUAAGUACUGUUGUAUUUGUAAAGGAAUUUACAGAGGAAAGGUUAUUGAUGGGAGAAAAGUGUCAUUGCACCGUUUUCCUCAGAACAAACGUUUAAAACGUGUGUGGGUGCAGCGAUGUAAAACGGUCAUGAGAUCGUUCCAGUGGAAUGAACACAGACGAUUGUGUAGUGAGCAUUUUGUUGGCUUCAGAGGACCUUCAUUCCAGCAUACACUUCCAUCUAUGUUUCCAACUGAGACUGGUGCUACCAAAACCUUCCAGCCAACGCUCCUUGAUGAAGACGUAGGUGAUGAUGAUGAUGGUGAUACGGUCAAUGACGAUUUAGACCUAGAACUGUCAAAUGAUGAUAGUAUACAGCCACAACUGUCAUUUGUAUCCCCUUCCGGGCAUGCCAUUGAUACCUCUGUCCACCUGCAUGAUUACUGCAUGGGACCAGUACUACAGCCACAGAAUCAGUCCUUUAGAUGUUGUGACACACAGACUGAGAACAACUGUGCAGUGAUGGAAGUACAAACUGAAGAAAGUUUCCUGGGAAAAACAGCAGACUUCAGUUCACAAACAGAACAUUCUACUAGAGACUUUGGUGUACAAUGUCAGCUACCUAUGCUCACAUAUGAUGACGUAAAAUACAAUGACGAUUUGGUCAGUUUUUACACCGGAAUCCCUAAUCGAGUUGUGUUUGAAGCUUUGUUUGAUGAAAUCAAGGAUGAAGCUGAAGUGCGGACAUCAAGGCGGAAACUUAACUAUAAAGAUUCAGAUGGAGGACGGCCAAGAACUCUAAGUGUUCUGGAUGAAUUUUUCAUGGUGCUGAUGCGCCUACGUCUAGGUCUGUUAUUUGAAGAUCUAGGUACUAGGUUUUGCAUAUCCACUUCACAAUGUAGUGACAUUGUUGAAAGAUGGAUCAACUAUUUACAUGUACAAUUAUCCUUUCUUGUUCAAUGGCCAUCUCGUGAGGUAGUGAAAAAUAACAUGCCUGAACAAUUUAAAGAGAAAUAUUCUAACACUAGAAUUAUUAUCGACUGCACUGAAAUUUACAGUGAAACAUCCAGUUCUCUUUCUUUGAAAAGUUUAAUGUACAGUGAUUACAAGUCUCACAUGACUCAUAAGAUUUUGGUGGGUAUAAGCCCAAAUGGUGUUGUAACUUUUGUUUCUGACUGUUGGGUGGGCUGUACCAGUGACAAGAAACUCACAGAAAAAUGUGGACUCUUGGACUUGCUUGAAGAAGGAGACGCCAUAAUGGUUGAUAAGGGUUUCACUAUUACAGACCUUACUACUCCAAGAGGCAUUCAUCUCAUUAUUCCACCAUUUAAACAGAAAGGAAAACAAUUCUCUAAACGUGAGGUUCUCCUUACAAAAGAUAUUGCAAGUUUACGAAUACAUGUUGAAAGGCAAAUGGAGAGAAUCAAGAACUUUCGAAUAUUGCAUGGCAAUAUUCCUAUAACACAGUCAAGGAGAAUUUCUAAAGUGUUCAAAAUAUGCACAUAUUUGACAAAUCUAUGGCCACCACUUGUUCAAUAAUAACUCAUGUGUCAAUGAAAGCGUUUGUAUAUAUCAAGCAUUAGAUUUAGGGAUAAAAACUUGUAUACUUCUAACUAGAACAAUGAAAUUACAAUUUUGUUUUAAAAUCAUUUUUUCGAGCAAGUUAUAUGAUAACAUAUGAGAUUACACAUUUGAUUCAGGUUUGACAAAAAUGGAUAAGGAAAUAUGCUCAUGUGAAUGGA